AUGUAUCCUCCGGCAUUGAGUACUGCACCGUUAUUAACUCUGCCAAGUAUCGCUUUUGCUGAUCCAACGCUUCCGUGGGAGCGAGCUGCCAAAUAUAAUGCCGCAAGCCCAGACCCCGAUCAAGGCACUUUACCUUGGCUAGCAUUGAUUGUCUUCAAGAAAGGAGAGCUUAUGCCAAAGCCCACGUCAGUUGCCAGUAUAGGCGAUGCUCCAGAGACCGGAUCUUUCAAGUUGAGACUUGCCGACCUGAUCAAAUGUCCUGAUCUCAGUCUCCCGAUUCUGAAAAGUCCCGAGACGAUGACUAAUGAUGAGACAGCAGCCUCUGUGGAUGUCAUGUUUUUGAGCUUUUCAACAUUUAUACCGCUGGUAUACAACAGUUACCAGGACGAUGGCAGUCUGCCGCUACCAGAUUCGUCGACUUCUGUCGCAUCCGAUGUAUCUCGCUACCAGUAUUUUGCGCACACCAGGAAGGCGCCGCCAGACAGCAACGAGAUCGAUGCUGAGGAGCAUUCGGUGAUUUUUUCUCAUAAAACAGCAAAUGCUAGCAAUAAAGCCGCCAGAACUGUGGCCGUCCAUCUGGUAAGUAUUGAAGGUUGGGAUUUGAUGAAGCUCCCGGAAGACUGCUCCAAGUCAGCAGUCGCUCUGAUAUCACUGCAUUCUUGGACAUAUACUGUCAAUCCAGCCGCUUCACUCCAAUCUCUAGACCUGCUCCAGAAUUUAGCUGGAUCACCGCAAACAGGAGACAAUCUAAGGAUCCCCGACAGUCUGAAAAUAUCGGAUGACAGGAUGCUUCGGAGUCCCUCUGCAAUCACCACGAAAUUUGAUUCAGCGGCCGGACUGAGCUCAGAGAAUUUGACAGCAUUUAAGGCAAAAAUGGGUAUGGAUACUCGAUACACAAGUACGGGCUUCCCACCGGAGAGUCUACUAUCGCUUUACACAGGGGUCCUUUAA